AUGGCUCGGCCAGUCGCAGAGCCCAAGAAGGCACGACCGGCAAGCGCAAGACAGAUCUACAAGUCACAGCAAGCUUCGGUCCAGCCUCAGCCACCCGUUGCUCUCCAAACUCCAGGGGACCCUCCUGUGAAGGUCCAGAGAGCUGAGAGGCCAGCUGUGCCCGUCAUCGCUCGUCCUACAGUGCCCCAAAGCGCAUCGACUGUCUCUCCGACGCCUUCACAAGAUGCCCUACUUGCGCCCCGACCGGAUGACACGAUGGCUGAGCCACAGGGACGUAUCAGAGUAUCGACAAAAGUGCUUGUGCUCCACUCAUCUAGUCCACGAAGAACAGCAAGUCUAGUUUGCCUCGACGUGGACGAGUCUGUACUCCUGCUCGGGACUGCUCAGAUGACGAUACUGCGAGGAUCGGCAACUUCUGCCUGUGCGAGGUUGACGAGGAACAGUCCGACUCUACGACUUCACGCGUCCUCUCUGCAGCCUAUCGUGCCUUUGACCGCUCUGCCCGGUUCGAGCAGUGCUCCUGCUCUUUCCGUACAAAGCGAGCUAUCAGAGCGAGGGUACAAGCUGCCGGAGUCCGAUGAAGCCAUCCGACGCGCUAGCACUGUCGUCCUCUUCGAAGAUCUGAACGAUGGCAGUAGAGGCAUAGAGCAACUCGCUCGUUCAGCCGGUAUACUCAGCUCACGCUCCAUCUGGUCAACUCAGCCUUACGCUCAAAAGGCUACGUACGAAUUUGUCAGCCUCGACGACAUUGCGCAAAACAGUCUCUCUCUACUCGAACUGAGUGCUACUUGGUCAUCUGCUCUCGAGAGACUGCAUACCGGCACAUCAGACAUCGGGCUACGGGUCAUGAUAGAGGGAGGGAAGCGCGUAGGCAAGUCGACCCUGAUGAAACUCGCAGUCAACCGCCUGCUCGAAAAGCAUGCGAGUGUGGCAGUUCUCGAUACAGACAUGGGUCAAAGCGAGAUGACUUCGCCUGGCCAGAUCAGUCUUACCAUCUGUACAUUACCCCUCAUCGGAUCUGCCUUCACUCGCUCGACGCGACCCGUCCGCUCUCACUUCUUGGGUGCUCUUUCGCCUCGAACAGAUGCUGCACACUAUAUCGCUUGUCUGAGUGAUCUCAUGCGGUGCUACACACGUCUGGGCAGUAUGCCUCUAGUGGUCAACACGCAAGGCUGGACCAAAGGAUUGGGAGCAGAGCUACAGUCUGCUCUAUGUGAUCUUGUCGAGCCAAGCAUGUUCAUCCGGUUCAGCUCGGCUGAAAGUAGAGAUCACUUCGAGGGUCCCGCAGCUGAGAUGGCUCAAAGAGAUUAUGUGACAAUCGAGCCAAUAGCAGACGACAUUGCAGCGAGGAGUCUGUCCGCUGCCGAUCUCCGCACGCUCAACUUGAUGUCGGACUUGCAAAGGCGAUGGCAACCUGACGGAAUGGUAAAUUGGAAUUACAACGAGCCUAUUGUCGCUACUCCGCCCUUUCUCGUUCCUUACAGCGCAGGCGAGGCAAGUGUGAACCAGAUCUUCAUCGCCGAUGCCGAGAUUGCGCCCGCCCAUGGCCUCAGAUUGCUGGACGCCAGCCUUGUCGGGCUGAUCGUGUCUGACGAACCGAUCGAGGACGCUGGAGAGCUCUUCUUGACAGGUAUGCCAGAUCCGUCUCGGUCUCACUGUAUCGGUCUCGGCGUCAUUCGGGCGAUCGACGGCAGUCAGCUGCUCCUGCAGCUCGUCACUUCCAUUCCGCCCGAGGAUCUGGAGCGAUGCCAGACUCUCGUCAGAGGUAGCGAAUUGGCUCUGCCGCUCAUCGGUAUGAUCGACUGGCGCAACGUCUCUCACGACGGCGAUCUCGAUUCUGGCGGUCUGACAGGGCCUUACCUGACGGUAGCGGGUAGUACCGGUCUAGGCGGUACCAAACGACGCGUCCGACGUAAUCUCAUGCGUGCUUCCCAGCGCUAG